AUGCGUCCGUCCAUAACGAGUCCGGUCGUAGUCAGACGACCGUCCGCCAUCGUUUUGUUUCGUGCGGGUCUUGUAAUCGUCGCUUCUGCGUUCCUGGUCGGGCCGCAAUCGGCCGCCUCUGCUGAUGACUUUAGCAUCCAUGAACUUCUAACUAAACGCUUUCCUCAUCGGAUAUCUGACGACAUCUACCUGGAUCCUUGUAAAGCAGAGGGAUUCGUCGGUGAUGUUGCAUUGCCCAAUGUCCGCUACGAGUUGGAGUACGAGCUUCAAUCGAGACGGGAUCGAGAGCAAAAAUUGGCCGUCAAAACAGGUCAAGUGCUCAUCGACUGGGAGAUCGACGGCAAUCAAGCGGAAGCAGAGAAAGAAGCCGAUCGUUUCGCUUCCUUCAACGGCUCAUCCGCUCUUCAGCAGCAACGUCUCCAUCAUUCUGCUCAUCUACAGACGGACGAAACAUCUGACGAUGGCCAGCAACUGAAGCCGGGCGGUAGGCAACGCCAAGGCAGGAAGCACACAUCCAUCACAGAACGUCGGAAAAAGAGCGAGCUGGAGGAUGAACUGGUCGAGUUGGAUCCGUCUAAACAACGGAAUCUAUCGAGCGACGAAGCACAUAGCAACGGCCAUGACGACCAGGGUAAGCCGUCGCGACCCGUUGGUGACAAAACGACGACAAAGAGACUCAACGCGAAGACGAUCAAGGCCAGGAGAAACAAGCGCAAAGAUCGGAUCAGACAGAUCACCGAAAAACCUGGAGCGUUAAUCCGUACCAGACGGGCGGCAACGGCCCGCAAGGAGCGCAUCUGGGAUUUCGGAGUCAUCCCCUACGAGAUUGAUGCCAAUUUCUCCGGGGCCCACAAGGCCCUCUUCAAACAAGCCAUGCGUCACUGGGAAAAUUUUACCUGCGUCAAGUUUGUCGAACGCACGGCCGAUCAUCCCCAUUUCAUCGUUUUCACGGAACGCGCUUGCGGAUGUUGUUCUUUCGUCGGCAAACGAGGCAACGGAGCGCAGGCCAUUUCUAUAGGAAAGAACUGCGAUAAAUUUGGGAUCGUCGUCCACGAACUGGGACACGUCGUUGGCUUUUGGCACGAGCACACAAGACCAGACCGAGACAAUCACGUGCACAUUAUCCGCGAAAACAUCAUGACUGGUCAGGAGUACAAUUUCAACAAACUGACAUCGGAGGAGGUCAACUCGCUGGGUUUGUCCUACGAUUUCGAUUCCAUCAUGCAUUACGCACGCAACACCUUUUCCAAGGGGACUUACUUGGAUACGAUUUUGCCGCAAGCAGAUCCCGAGACCAAAUCACGACCCGAGAUUGGCCAACGUAUUCGCCUUAGCGAAGGUGAUAUCUCGCAAACCAAUAAGCUCUACAAAUGCCCAAAGUGUGGACGGACAUUCCAGGAAAACAAAGCUUCAUUCACCUCGCCCGUUUUCCCACCGGGUACAGUCUCGGAAGAUGGCGAGCGAUGCGAGUGGCGUAUCACGGCCACGCACGGAGAACGUAUUGUCCUCAACAUAACAGAACUGGAUGUCUUCAAAGGAGACAAUUGCAAGUAUGAUUAUGUCGAAAUUCGCGAUGGAUAUUGGCACAAAUCGCCUUUACUCGGGCGCUUCUGUGGCAGCACACGUCUGCCGGAUCCAGUCAUGUCUACUGGAAGUCGGAUGCUGGUGACUUUCCAGAGUUCACCUCGACAGAUUGGAUAUAAAGGAUUCAGUGCCUCUUACGAGGCUCUUUGCGGCGGAGAUUUGAACGUGGAUAGCGGCCAUCUUGAAUCGCCUAACUUUCCCGACGAUUAUCAACCCAACAAGGAGUGCACCUGGAAGAUUACUGUCCCAUCCGAUUAUCAAGUGGCGCUCAAAUUCCAGUCUUUUGAAAUCGAAAACCACGACAACUGCGUCUACGAUUUCCUGGAAAUUCGCGACGGGCAUGAUCCCACCAGCCCGCUGAUCGGUGUCUAUUGUGGUUACAAUAUUCCCGAAGACAUCAAAUCAAGUAGCAACAAAAUGUGGAUCAAAUUCGUCUCGGAUAAUUCCGUGCAAAAGGCCGGAUUUUCAGCGAUUUUCAUGAACGAAUUCGAUGAAUGUGCUUCGCUGGAUCACGGGUGCGAGCAUAGUUGCGUCAAUACCUUGGGCGGUUACGAGUGCCAAUGUCGAAUCGGCUUCGAGCUCCAUUCAGACGGCAAAAGAUGCGAAGAUGCCUGCGGUGGUUUGAUUGAUUCACCCAACGGGACAAUAAUCAGCCCGUCCUUUCCUGAUUUGUAUCCAAGCAACAAGCACUGCAUUUGGGAGAUAUUCGCCCCGCCUCAGUAUCGCAUUACUCUCAACUUUACGCACUUUGAUCUGGAAGGAAACAAUCAAGAUUGCGAAUACGAUCACGUAGAGGUGAGGAGCAAAUUGAGCGAGAACGAACUGCGCAAACACGGCGUCUUCUGCGGUACCCACCUGCCUCCCGUCGUUACUUCAGAAGGCAACGUCCUUCGCAUCGAGUUCGCCUCAGACAAUUCCGUCCAGAAGACGGGCUUUGCCGCCGUCUAUUUUACCGACAAGGACGAGUGCGCAGUGAACAACGGCGGAUGUCAGCAGGAAUGUCGCAAUACUAUCGGCUCUUACGUUUGUGCUUGCCACAAUGGAUUUACACUUCACGAAAAUGGUCACGAUUGUAAAGAAGGCGGUUGUAAACAUGAAAUUCGAGCUCCCUAUGGCGAAAUUCUGAGUCCUAAUUACCCGCAUCCCUAUCCAGCAAGAAAGGAAUGCGUCUGGCAUUUCACAACAACUCCAGGCCAUCGCAUCAAAUUAGUUUUCCACGAAUUUGAAAUCGAAUCUCAUCACGAGUGUGCUUACGACCAUGUUAUCCUGUACGAUGGAGAUAGUAGCGACGAUCAGACCUUGGGUCGAUUCUGCGGAUUGAAAGCACCUCAUCCAAUAGUGGCUUCCAGCAAUCAGCUUUAUUUGGUAUUCAAAUCGGAUUCAUCCGUUCAACGUCGUGGCUUUCAAGCAACGCACGCAACCGUUUGUGGAGGCCAUCUGCAGGCAGCGAAUGGUGUCAAACACUUUUACUCUCACGCCAAAUACGGUGACCAUAACUACGAAAACAAAGAAGAUUGCGAUUGGGUUAUUGAGGCCCCACCUGGGAAAAACGUCCAUUUGACUUUCCUUACCUUCGAGCUGGAAGAUGAACACGAAUGCGGAUAUGAUUCCAUCGAGGUCUAUCAAGGCUUCGAUGACUCAGGACCCACUAAUGGGCGUUAUUGUGGCAAUCGGGUACCUCCGGAGAUCGUUUCGACGAACGAGGUGCUUCUAGUUCGUUUCAAGAGUGACGACACCAUCAACAGCAAAGGUUUCUCAGCCGCAUAUGUAGCUAUCGACGAGAAUGAGAACGAGGAUCUGCCCAAAUCGCAACGAAAUGUUAGAUACAACUGAGAGAAUUUUUAAAAAAAUAAUUAAUAAUUAUAAAAGAUGAAGGAACAGCAAACGGUUGGUAAACGUGUGAAUAAUCCACAUUGUCGUCAGUGUUUGUUUCUACGUAAUUUCUUUCCUUUCUCUCUGUUUUUUUGUUCCAGCUCUCUGUUUUUUCUUUGUGGAAAAAAGUGCAUGCAUCUAUUUGCGCCAAAAAUUUAACUAUUAUUCGUAUUCGUCAUUUGGAGAUAUUACCUUUGGAGCACAAUAAACCUUAAAAGAUACAAAAAGAAAA